AUGAAGCUCACGACCAACACCAUCACUGCAAUCAUUGCCUUCUUUGCAACUACCUCCGUUGCUAAGAUGGAAGGCGGUUUCAUAAAGGAUUGCAAGAACAUCCAUCUCGAGAAGAUGGUAUCUGAACAAGGUCCGACCUUCGCCUACUACAAAGUUAGGGCCCUGUGCACCGGCAUGGACGAGAAGCCAUACGAGAAUGAGCUAAAUCUCAACUUAUGCCUCGUCAACGGCCGUGGAAACUUGUCUUGGAGAGAACGGGGCAAGUUCGACAAGACAUGCAAGGAGUGCCAACUCGUCUCCGGCGACAAGAAGAAAGUCGAGAUGAAAUGCCGCUGUGCAAACGGAGUUUUUGAUGUCUGGAAGGACAACCUCAUUGAUCUAAGUGAGCUUGAACCUUAA